CAGAAGCGUAGAAGCGGCGGCAAAAUGGCGGCGCCUGAGGAGCGGGACCUAACCCAGGAGCAGACAGAGAAGCUGCUACAGUUUCAGGAUCUGACUGGCAUAGAAUCUAUGGAUCAAUGUCGUCAUACCUUGGAACAGCAUAACUGGAACAUAGAGGCUGCUGUACAGGACAGAUUGAAUGAGCAAGAAGGUGUACCAAGUGUUUUCAACCCGCCUCCUUCCCGACCCCUGCAGGUUAAUACAGCAGACCACAGGAUCUACAGCUAUGUUGUCUCAAGACCACAACCAAGGGGACUGCUUGGAUGGGGUUAUUACUUGAUAAUGCUUCCAUUCCGGUUUACUUAUUACACAAUACUUGAUAUAUUUAGGUUUGCUCUUCGUUUUAUACGGCCUGACCCUCGCAGCCGGGUCACAGACCCUGUUGGGGAUAUUGUUUCAUUUAUGCACUCUUUUGAAGAGAAAUAUGGGCGGGCACACCCUGUCUUCUACCAGGGAACGUACAGCCAGGCACUUAAUGAUGCCAAGCGAGAGCUUCGAUUUCUUUUGGUUUAUCUUCAUGGAGAUGAUCACCAGGAUUCUGAUGAAUUUUGUCGCAAUACACUCUGUACACCAGAAGUCAUUUCACUCAUUAACACUAGGAUGCUCUUCUGGGCAUGCUCCACAAACAAGCCUGAGGGAUACAGAGUGUCCCAGGCUUUGCGAGAGAACACAUAUCCAUUCCUGGCCAUGAUUAUGCUAAAGGAUCGAAGAAUGACUGUGGUGGGACGGUUAGAAGGCCUCAUUCAACCUGAUGACCUUAUUAACCAACUGACAUUUAUCAUGGAUGCGAACCAGACUUACCUGGUGUCAGAACGCCUAGAAAGAGAAGAAAGAAACCAGACACAGGUGCUGAGGCAGCAGCAGGAUGAGGCGUACUUGGCCUCGCUCAGGGCUGAUCAGGAGAAGGAAAGAAAGAAACGUGAGGAGAGGGAAAGGAAGCGGCGGAAGGAAGAGGAGGUACAGCAGCAGAAGCUGGCAGAGGAACGAAGGCGACGGAAUUUACAGGAGGAAAAGGAGAAGAAGCUGGAGUGCCUGCCUCCUGAACCUUCCCCAGAUGACCCCGACAGUGUCAAGAUAAUUUUCAAAUUACCCAAUGAUUCACGAGUAGAGAGACGAUUCCACUUCUCACAGUCUCUAACAGUAAUCCACGACUUCUUGUUCUCAUUGAAGGAAAGUCCUGAAAAGUUUCAGAUUGAAGCCAACUUUCCCCGACGGGUGCUGCCCUGUGUCCCUUCAGAGGAAUGGCCCAACCCUCCUACGCUGCAGGAGGCCGGACUCAGCCACACAGAAGUUCUCUUUGUCCAGGACCUUACAGACGAAUGAACUUUUUCUUCCUUUCCCUCCCACCCCAAUCCCUUAAAGAAAUGGGGAAAGAAAAAAAAACACCAA